AUGCCAUCUAAUCACAAACGCAAACAAUCAACCGACCCCGCGGGUCAAACGUCAGAAAGGAAACGAGCCAAAAUUGAUGGCAGACCUGCCUCAAUGGCGGUGCCUUCCGAGACACAACGGGCACUUCCCUCAGCUGGACAAACAGUCAUUUCUUCGUCAACCACAAAUGCACCACCGUCAUUUCUGCCCUCUCCUCCAGAAUUGAAGCCAGACAUUUGCAAUAUGGAUGGUCUAGAUCACCACACCCGAUCGGACAGUAACAAUAGCAACACUGCAGCGGCACGCUUACAGUCAAUACGGAAUGUUAUACAGACGCAACUCAGUCUGGAAAUUGUGCUCAAACACAAAGAACUGAGGUUGAUCGAACAGGAAAUGGCCAAAUGUCAAGUCUCCCUGGAGCAACUUCGGCGGUGCAAGGAAAUCCCUUAUCCAGGUACCCAGGGGCUCUCCUUGGCUGUGAGUGAUGGUGCUGGAUCUGCGUUGCGCAGCUCCUUCCAGACCCCUCUCCCUCAGUCGCCGGCGCCGUGGGGCGUGGCAAACGGACCGUACACUCGGCAUUACGCGCAAUGGCUGCUACCGGACCAUCGUUUCGACGGAGGCGAACCCGCAAGUAGCUUCCCAGCAGGCAAAUCUCCGAUGAAGUCGAGAUCGACCAGGGGAAGUGUUUUGGACAUUUCUCAGGGUUCAAGUGGGUCUCGCGCCCAACGCAGUGGCAAACUCAAAGCACUACCCGCAGGUUAUGGCCAGCCAAAGGAGAAAGCAACUGGGCCUAUGAUUGUUAAGAGGAAGUCAGACGGGUUAAUGGUGAAGCUCAUCUGCCCUGACUGUGGUAGGCAUGAUUUUGGGAGCGCACAAGGCUUCAUCAAUCACUGCCGAAUAGGCCACGGCAGGAGUUUUGCCAGCCACGACGCAGCAGCCGAUGCCUGCGGAGAACCGGUCGAACUUGACGAGUCUGGAGCAAUACUUGGGGUUGAGCCAGUGGCCACACCUACAGCGGGUAAUGUCCAUCCUCUCAUUCGGUCAGCCAAGCUGCUGCCAGCCACAGCACCUCGGACUUCUCAGUCGUCCUCAUCGACUGAAGAUGUGACACGGAUUUCCAAGACGAAGCCCGUGUCGCCUGACUUCAAGGGGUCAGUUUUGACCCCAAAUCUUUCCGAGCUCAUCAAGAUUAAAGGUCUUGGUCUUGAUCUUCAAGAGAUGGUUACAGACGCCAAGAAAAAGGUUGAGAUGCCAGAUUCGGAUUCGGAGGACGACGAGAUGGACCUUGACAUCCCCGUGCAAAGUACAGCACAAGGUCGACAUCCACAGGUUGCUGGAACUAAACAACCUUCCAAAUCCGCUAAAUCUCCCAUGUCCUCGCCAUUGUUGCGCACCAGCAUGUCCGUAUCUACCGCCACGGCGCACGGAGGUAGAAUGCCGCAGAUCGACGGCUCUAGCGAAAAUCUCGUACUGCAUCGGCCCAGAGGGAUGACCCUCCCGAUAAAUGAAACUUCUAUGACAGAAAUGCAGCCUUCAGACCCAUCCCCCACUAGUGAGUCCAACCAGGCUCCCAGUCUGGUCGACGACGACGAGGAAUAUGAGGCACAUUCGCCCACAAGCAGUUCUGUCUCCGACGAACACGAUGUCGGCGAGGUGGACUUUGAGGUUCAAGGCGACGACGACGAUGAUGCGCGGAAUGUUUUGCGUGGCCCGGAUUUUCAGCCCAGUUGUACGCAACCCGCCAGACCUCCUGCACAUGUCAGGAGACCUUCAGCCAUUCGUCGACGAGGCGAAGAUCGGGAAGAGAAGCACGUCAGUUUUGUGAGUCCGAGUCCCGCCAGAGAUGUACCAACACCUCGUCAAGGUGGGGAACGCAAGAAGAAAAAGGCCUAA